CGCGCUGGCGGGGCGGGGGCCACGCUCGCUCGUGCUCCGCCGACAGGAGAACCAGGACUUCGGCUUCACGCUCAGACACUUCAUUGUGUAUCCGCCAGAAUCCUACACGAUACUCGGCGCGGACCGGCGGCUCCACAAUGUGGCCCUGGAUGAGCCCAUGGACACCAUCUUUGUCCGGCUGGUCAGAGACAACAGCCCGGCGCACCUAGCCGGACUCUGCCAAGGCGACCGGAUAGUGAGCGUCAACGGCGAGACGAUCGGCGGCAAGUCGUACGCGCAGGUGGUGCAGCUGGUCCAGAGCUCGGGCGCGUACCUGCACCUGCUCGUCGUGCCCAAGGAGGAGGACCUCCUGCAGCAGUACUUCGGCGAGACGGCGCACAACCCGGAGACGAACCAGCGGCCGCAGAGGAUGCGGUCGCCCGCCGACCUGGCGCGCCAGGCGUCGCCGCUCAGCUCGCGCCCCGUCUCGGGCGUGUCGUCCGGCGCGUCCGACUUCCCCAGCGGCUGGCCGCCGCCCGGCUCCAACGACCCGCUGUACGACACCGUGGCGUCGGCGUCGCGGCGCUCCAGCGAGGGCUGCACCCAGCGCCGCGAGCUGACGGCGUCCGCGCGCACGCAGUUCAUGAUGGGCGCGCCCGCGCCCGUGGCCGCGUCCCUCGUCAGCGCCUCGGCGACGGCGCCCGGCGCCGGCGGCCUCCCCCGCGGCGUCACCGGCCUCGCCUGGGAGUCGCUGCCCGCGCACUGCCGCCUCAGCCUGGACGCCUCGGGCAUGGGCAUCCUGGACGCCGCGGGGCUCGGCGGCAGCCUCCCCGGCACCGGCGGCGUGCCCAGCGCCGACAGCAGCCGCCGGGAGUCGUCGUCGUCCCUUCCCGCCGCCGGCACGGGCACCGGCACCGCCGCCAGCUCCAAGGACAGCCUGCUGUCCAUGGACUCGACCUCCACCCUCCAGGACGGCUGCAGCGGCUGCAGCAGCGACGACUCGGUCAUCUUGUCCAGGAUACGGCGCAGCACGGAGCAGAAGGAGGAGUUCCUGCGCAGGCCGGCGCAGCCCAUCUGGCCCGUCGUGGAGCCGCAGCAGCUGCAGGCCGCCCCGCAGCAGAAGGGGGUGCGCGAGUUCUACGCGCGGCCGCAGAAGCUGCAGAAGCCCGUGUGGCCGCCGGCGAGCGAGCGGGACGUUCCGGAGGCCGCCGCCGAGGACCGCGAUGGCAGCAGGGGCGGCGGCGGCGGCGGUGGCGGUGGCGGCACGACGGCCGGCGAGGCCCCCAACUUUGUGGCCGGCGGCGCCGUCGGAGGCCCGUUGGCGGCCAGGGCCAACAAGAGCUACUUCAGCACGCUGAGUAGGAUACAAGAGAACCAGCCCUCCGUUUCUUCGACUGGAAGUGAGGACACUGUGAUGAAUGGAGACUCGACAUCCUUACCAUCAUCUUGUUCGUCACGCGGUGCAGAGGAAAACCAACCACACUUGCCUGUGAUUCAUUUAGUGUCUAGAAGAGCUCGACAUUUUGAAGCUGGUGAAGAAGAGGACAUCACAGAUAGGACCAGCUUUUACAAAAGUGAACUUGCUCGACUGUCGGCCAAGAAAGGUGUUCCUGAAGUUGCUGUUCGAAAGAGAGAAUUUGAGUCACGUAGUCUUCAAGAGAACUCAAGCUUAAAGAAAUUAGAAAAAGCUGGAAGCCCACCAGCCAACAGUAGUAUACCUCCUAGUGCUGUAUCUGGAAAUCGGUCAAUACCCAUUGGCAGUUCUAAACUGCACUGUGAUCCGCCCCCUGAUUACAAACCAUCACCAGAAGAUUUAUUGUAUGGUUCAGUAAACCACACUCAACCAAGCUCGUUAAAGAUCAGAAUACGAUCUCGAUCUGCUGAUCCUUCUCAUUAUGAUCAAAGGAAUAAAGCAGUUCGUCAAGAAUCCUAUCUCAAUGCUGUCAGUUCAGACCGAAAACGUCAGGCAGUUAUAUCAACUGUUCUGGAGGAGGAGAGAGAAGGCAGUGAUGUCUCGCCAUCUCCUGCUCCAAAAAUACUAGCUCCCGAUCCAUCCUGCUCUACUCCUACUUCCCCACCAAUCCGUCCAAAUCAAUUACCUAUUGCAAAUCCUCUUCGUCCUGCCUCAUACCCUCAGCGAAAUAGCAUCGGGGAUCCUGAGGGACUUGUGCAAGGCCUUAAAGGACAACCUAGAGCAAUAGACACUUCAACUGUUGUAAGAAGACAAAAAGAUACAUCUUCCAUUGAUGAAGACCGUUCCACUAGACGCGUUUCAUACCUGAAAGCCACAUGGAAUGACCGCAUGCACGUCGACAGUGAUUUAGAGCUUAGUGACACCGAACCAACUCCAAGUGUGGCUCAAAGGAGACUCAAUCGCAAAUGGCGCCCACCGUUGUUCCCUGAUGAUAUUCAGCGCCUCAAGCGACUCUUUGAAGAUGCGGCAGCAGCUGCCACAGGCCACUCCAUCAGUCUCCAUCAGGGCUCCGCGGCGAGGUCCGGGGCCGCGGUGGCCACGACGGCCGGCUCCGGCUCGUCGCCAAGAGGGUCGCCGAGGACGUCGUCGACCAAGGACAGCGCGCCGGGUCUCUUGCACCGGGACAGGGAGGGCUGGCUGCACUGCAAGAUCACCUUCAUCGACGGCAAGCGAGCCACCGAUCGGUCCUGGAAGCAGGUGUGGGCGACAGUCCGCGGGUCCGAGUUGGGGCUCUACAAGGAACGCCCUCCAGAGACGCCGCUGGGCUCUGAGGGCGCGGGCGGAGCGGGCGACCACAUCGACCUCCGCUGCUCGCUGGUGGAGGUGGCCGCCGACUACACCAAGAAGAAGCACGUACUGCGCCUCAACUCGGCCAGCGGCUCCGAGCUGCUGCUGCAGGCCGACACGGGCGCGGACCUCCUGCAGUGGGUGCGCGUGCUGCAGGACCAGGCCGGCGACCCUGGCGGCCCCACCGCCGCGACGGCCGACGGCCUGGCCGCGGGCUCGAGCCCCGUCCAGGGCCUCUCGCCGACGGUGGCCCACAAGGGCAUCAAGAAGCUGACGGCGCUCAGGAACCGGUCGCCGACGGGUGCGGCUGCGGCGGCCGCCGGGGCCCAGGCGUCGUCCGGGAGCUCGGCGGGCAAGGCGCGGAAGCAGAGUCAGCCCGCGCAGUUCGGCGCCCUGCCGCUGCCGCUGCCCACGGUGCCGUCGCCGUCGCCCAAGUCCAAGACGUGGAAGGGCCGCGUGGCCAAGCAGUUCCGCAAGAUGCACACGGGCAGCAGCAACGGCGGCAACUCGCCCAGCUCGCCCACGGCCCCGCACGCGCAGCAGCACGUCGAGGGCGUGACCAUCGGCGUGCCGCUCGAGGACUGCCCGCCCUCCACGUUCUGCGAGGCGGUGCCGCUGCUGGUGGAGCUGUGCACCUCGAUCGUGGAGGCGCGGGGGCUGGAGGUGAUAGGCAUAUACCGUGUGCCGGGCAACACGGCGGCCGUCGCUUCCCUCACAGAGUCCAUCAACAAGGGCUUCGACUUCGUCAACCUUCAGGAUCCAAGGUGGGGUGAUGUGAAUGUGAUCUCAAGUCUGCUCAAGUCAUUCUUCCGCCGCCUUCCUGACUCGUUGUUCACAACAGAGUUGUACCCGUCCUUUAUAGAGGCAGACAAAAUAGAUAAUCCAAUCAAGCGGGUGCAAGCAAUCCGCAAACUUAUUCGAGAGUUACCAGAACAUCACUAUGAGACACUUAAGUACCUGCUUUUCCAUCUCAAACAAGUGGUUGACCACUCUCAUACCAAUAAAAUGGAAGCACGUAAUCUAGCUAUUGUCUUUGGACCGACAUUAGUGCGUGCUGGAGAUGAUAACAUGGUCACUAUGGUUACCGAUAUGUCUAGCCAAUGUCGCAUAGUAGAAACACUCAUAUCAAAUGUCGAUUGGUUCUUUUCAGAAGAUGAUUCUGAAGAAUUCUCAUUGCCUUCUUCUGAAGUAGCCAACACAUCCCUAAAUCUGUCAAGUUCUGAUGCAGCAGCAACAGCUUCAAGUGCUUCAAGUCAGAAUCAGAGUUUAUUAUUAGGAAACAUUCAUAAAGUAGAAGGGUUAAAAGCAGAAUCUCCCAGUAAAGAUGUUAGUGCAAGAGACAUAGUUUCUUCUAUUAUAACAGCUGCAAAUAGAAAGAUACAAAGAGGGAAGUCAAAGAAAUCAGAAAGUGAUCACAAUGAACACAAACAAGUCACUGAAGUCGUUCAUAGGCAGAAAACGAAAGAUCAUUCAAAUUCUGGGUUUAUGUCUGACCCUGAUUCCCCACCUUCAUCAGAAUCGUUGAAACAAAAACGGUGCUCCUUGACGGAUCCCAUGCGUAUCCAUGUAGAACCUAAUGUCUCAGAAGAUGUUAAAACAAGCAACGAAACAGUAGUACCAGUUACUUCUAUUCCAACCAUCACAACGUCAUCACCUAAAACAACUGCUUCAUUAGCUCUCCGCUACAAAUCACCAGGAAGUGAUGAUGUUGCAAUAAUGAGCUAUGCAAAUCUAGCCCAAACAACUCAGGAGAGAAUAAAGCGAUUUGAACAAGAAACCAAAGCUAUGCUGGAAAGGGACUUGUACCGUCAGAAUAGAGACUCACAACAGUGGGAUGAACAACGGAAGCAAAUUGAGAGGCAAUGGCUUGAGGCCAAACAAGAACUAGAAGCUGAUGAUGCCUUGGACUCUGUGAUUGGUAUUUCCUCUGACAAAAAAUCAGCUGCAGACAAGCUUAGAGUAGAUUCUGUUCGAUCAUUACUUAGCAGUACAAGUAGCAGUGGAAGUGCAAGUGGAGGUGCAACCCCUCCUCAAAGGUCUUCGUGGCGUGUGGGUUGGGGUUCGCGCUUGUCUUCCGUGUCAAACACGUCCAAUUCUGCUUCAUCUCUAAUUGGGAAUGUACAUGUAACAGCACCUUCAAAUCAGCAAGAUGCUCAAAAUAAUGGACAUUUAAAAAGGAUGAAAACUGGGAAAGAACCGAGGUCGGGAUCCUUAGACUCACUUCAGGGGGCACCAGCAGGCGAGCGACCUCAAAGUCACAUGUCAGAUGAAGGUGGAGAUCUCCUAGCAACUUUGACCUCUACUUUCGAUCAGAAGAUGAAGUCACUUUUGGGAACAAAUAAGCCUACCUCUGGAACAUCCAAACCAUCUACAACCAAGUCUGUUAGUCAAUCAAAUAGCAGCAGUCCAUCUGCACCCAAGUCCGCUAAGUCAUCAAAUAGUGUGACCUCAGCAGCAGCCACUGUACAAAAGGAGGACAAAGUGGAUGCUGCUAGUGACGCAUCAGAUCGCUUGCACCUCUUAAACUGUGAUGAUGACAUCCCGUUUGCGGAUACUGAUGCAACUGAACUAGAGGCGCGUGGACCACAGGCAUUACCAAAACCUGUCAGCAUUCAAACCCAAGAGCAGUCAUCCCCAACUGCUCUCCUGACCUAUAGAGAUCCCAGCCUACACAGGGCUUCACGCAUUUUGCGCUCUUCUACGGUACCUGAUAAUCCAACUACUUUGGACAAUAAAGAAACAUCAGACAAUUUAGGGACAAAAUGUUCUCCUCUGCGGUGGUCAACACCUGUAAAUGUUUCUGAGUGUAAUUUUGUUAGUGAAUCAGGAAGAACACUUUUAGAAAAGAAACCUGAUUCAAAUAUGCUCUCAGGUGGUGGUGUUAAUAACUCUGAGGUAGUUGGUAGUGCUAGUAAUUCACCUGUUAAAUCUAUUGUGACCACUGGCUCUGCUCCUGUCAGUGGACCAAUCAAUAUGCAAUGUGAUAAGUUAAUUAUGUCUGAUUCUACUAAGAAAAGUGAUUGUUUUCAGUCUUCAACAAAGCUGAAAAGAUCUGAAUCUUUAAACAAGUCUUCUGACCGUUCAGACAGUGUCGUGAAUUCUAAACUUCGACGCUCUGAGUCUCUAAACAAGAAUGACCGCUCUGAAAUGAGUUUAAGUGUAAAAUUAAGAAGGUCUGAAUCACUUAACAAAAGUGAAAAGAGUGACUCCAAAUUAAAACGCUCUGACUCGCUCACCAAGACUGAGAAAACAGAAUCAAAUAUGAACCGCAGACGUCAGCAGGAAAAUAGGGCUAAUGCUCGUGGAAAUUGUGGAGGUAAUGCAAAUAUUCGAGACAAAGAAACUACUAAAAUGUUCAUUCAAAAUGCAACAUUAGUGCUUACCAAGCUCAAAAGAAAAAAUGGAAUGCCAGAGAGGUCUAUUAAAAGACGACAUACAGUUGGUGGUACCAAAGAUUUUGACAAACUUCAUUGGCUUGAUAAUCGCCUUCAAAGUGAUCAAUGGGAAAGUAACAAUUCGCCUGUUGGUCUCAAAGAGAAGAAAUCCCUUCGUACAUCUUCCCCAGACCUUAGCUCCUCUAGGCUGGCAGGUAUACUGGUGGAAGUGAGCUUACUGCACUCAGGUGAUGUGCAUCGACCCCACAGCCUCCCUGAUCCAAAUCUUGUGUCUGCAGUUUUCAAAGUACCUCUUGAGUCACAUGUCUGAUAGAUUCCAUGGUCCAAUCUCAAUGUUUUCUACAGUUUUAGGUUUGAAUCUCUCAAUUGAAGAGGCAAUUUCAAACAAUCAAUUUUAUUUAUUUUCUCUUGUGUUCUGAAAAUGAACUAUUCAGCUCCAACAAUUAUGUCUUAGAUCUUACUUUUAGGUGCCGCAAUGUAUUCAACUUAGCACAAUCUAUUAAAAAGUGGAUCAAUUAAACAUAAGAAACACAGUAUUCUCCAGUGCUGACCAAUAUUUGUAUCUAUGUUAAGACUGAUUGCGCCUUCUUUCUCUGGACUUCCUGAAAUUCAUUGGUUCCUCUGUUUUCUUAUCAACUGCUGAGCAUUUUGAGUUGCCUGCAUCUGUGUAUUGAAGUGAAUGGUACAUACAUUUUCUUUGAUAAUGUAAUGCCCAAGAUUGGUUUUAAACAGACAUUUUGUUGCUAUGCAUUGUGAUAUUUAACAUCUCUUUCAUUAGUCUCAUUUAAAUUGUGUGUCCUUAUGAAAUUUGUAUGUUGCCUGAUUUGCGUGUUUUAGAGUGGACUUAAAAGUGUGUUCUGCUCUUAAUUAUGUGUGAAAAGUGUGUGUCUUUGUGUGAACGUGUGGUCAAUGAAUGAGUGAGAGUGCGAAUGGAUGGAGAUUUGAGGGAGUAUUUGAAUCCCUGUGAUAUUCUAUCAUAGGGUCAUUUACUGACUCAAAAUCUCAAAAGUCACCUUUUUAUUCAACCAAAACAUUAUUAUUUUUAAAAAAAUGUGUUUUAUCACUAAAUAUUUAUGAAUUAAAAGCAGAAUUUUUGAUCCAGUUUUGUUUAAAACAGGGCUAGUAAUCUGUUUGCAAAUUGAAUGUUGUGAAUGAAUGUCUAUUAAUAUUAUUAUUCUCUGGACUAAGCUACUGCUACUAUGCUACUAGCUGUUUACCUUUAAUUUGUGUAAAUGUCUCUGUUAUCUCUUUUUAUAUGUUUAAUUUGAGUUUUGGGUGGCAGCAUUUGGUGAUAGCAGAGCUGUUAGAGAAAAUAGCUGGUAAUACAGCUGUUUACCAAAUGAUGGGUGGGAUCUGCAAUAGUAAUAGUGUGGAGAAUUGUUACCUCAUUUUUGACAUGCUACUCAAACAUUCCUGCAGUAGCUUUAAGGUGGCCCUGUAAAGUUAACCUGGCAAAUCAGUGGCGUGUGUGUGUGUCUUUAUUUUCACAGCUAUGAGCUAUCUUAAGAAGGAUGCACCUAAAAUAAUGAUGAAAGCUUUAUUUCUUUUGUUAUUACCUGAAAGGUUUUUUUUUGUUUAGUUAGCAGCUGGAGCUAUAUGCCCUCAGUGAGAAAUUAGUUUUGCUUUAACUGUGAUUCUGUGAAAGGCUCUUGGGUCUUUUAAGUUUUGUAUAUAUUACUUGAAGAAAGUGCUUUUAUGUUAGAUUCAAAAUUAUUUAGUGUGUAUUAUGUUGUAUUGCAUUUGUUCAUGUAUAUUUUCCAUGUAUAAUUUUUAUCAUCAGAGUAUCAUUUGAGUGUGACCUAAGCUUCAUGUGAGUGCUGCUAAGUAAGUGUAGGAGUAUUUCAUACUGAUUGUCUCAAUGUUUAAGUAUUAUGUUCAUUUCUAGGGAAGUGGGCACAUUCUGUGAGACAUUUAAGGGUGUAUUGAACCUGAUAGUGUGAUAUCAGUACAUUUGAAAAUGUAUCCUUAUUGUCAUAAACUAGACUAUGGAUGGAUCUGUACACAGAGAACUACUGUAAUUUAUGGAAUCCAUUCCCUGGAUUUUAAAAUCAAUGACACAACACCCAGUGUUGGUUUGACUGUUUAAUUGUUAACUCACCCCUGAAUUGAACCACUGUUUAGAAUAUAUUAAUUUAUAUUCAACGAUAAUUUUUUUGUUAAUGAACUUGGUUAUUGGCUUGACAUUGUACCUGAUUCAUGUUACAUCCACCUUAUGUCUGUUGGUAAUGGUUUAGCAUGGAUCUCAAACUUGCCACUACACAACCAUAUCAAAAGUAAAUGCACUUUGUUUCUUUUAUAUCUGUUUAUAUGUACACAAGGUAAAAGAAAACUGUCUUUGUGAAUAAUAAAUGCUAUUCAAUGAUGAACUUA